UCAUCGAUGACUCGUGCACAUGACCCGUGCGAAAUCGCAAACAUGGCGGACACCAUUGUUUUGAUUUUACCACACUAAUUGUAUUAUUUUGUUUGGUUUUUUUUUUGUUUUGUUAUCUUUGUUAUUUUUUCUCUUCUAUUUCACUCCGCUACGCUUUUUUACCAGACGCGUACGAUGCGCAGCCCGCUCGAUUCUUCCGUACCGUCGGCCGCGUUUCCUGUCGAUCUCUAACGCCGUCGACGCCGCCACCGUCGCCGUUUCCGCAGCUUUCCCGUCCGCGUUACACGUCUGCGUAUUGUCGUCAUCGCCGUCGACUUUGACACCGCGGAUCACGACUGCACGACGAUGUGAGCACACUGGUCCGGGGCAGCUGUAAACUUCUCGCAGUUCACGGAAAUACCGGCGUAAAAGAUGGAUCAUAAUCAAAGCCAUCAUCCAUCUGCGGUGAAAAAACGUUCCAUUGAUGAUAUCAUAAAUAAUAUAACAUCAGAUCUUCAGAGUUAUGAAGGUCGAUAUAUGGUGCUGGGCAAUCCAAGGCAAUCGACUGAUAUUAUGUGGCAUCAAGUGAAUAACUAUGCAAAUCCACAGCCCCAACAUAACAUUUAUAAUCCAGAACCAAUGAAUUUAACAAACAACCCAUAUAUUUUAAACUCUAAUCAGUAUACUCCAUUUAUGCAACCUCAAAAUCCAAUACCUGGAUAUGUAAACUAUGAUCAUCAUCAACAAGUAUACCCUCAACAUCAUCAUCCUAUACAUCAUCAUCAACAACAGCAACAACAGGGACCCCAAAUCCAACAAACAUCUCAGCAGCAACAACAACAAAUGAACUAUAAUUAUUACCAACAAUCACAAUAUACUUCUCAUCCAAUGCCAUAUCGUAGUCAAAUACAUGGUCUUUUUGAUCCACCUUCUAAUGAUGCUAUCAUUGAAAACCUUGUUCAAAAUUGGAAUCGUCAAACUCAAAACAACACUGCUGGAAUAUUUAGCCCCUUUGGAAGUCAAACAUUUCCGACAGCAAGAGAAAUGAUUCCUGAAUGCGAUAUUAAUAUUCAUAAUCAUAAUCAGAUGUCUAAUCAUAAUAGUAUUGUUGCGCCUGUUAAGAAGGUUCGAAUGAUUGCUGAAGUCCGACCAAUGCGACCUAGUUAUUCUGAUGUUUUAGCUAAGUCGCCUGCUAUAGGUCCAGUAAAAAAAACUGCAGCUAGUACACAAGUUGAAACUCCUUCAGACGUAAAAAUUAAAUCUAAAGUGAAAACAUCUAUGAAAAAAAAGAAAAAUUCUGGCAAGUUAAGUAAAGGAGAAUCUGGUUUAAAAAGACAAAAUUCAUCUGCAAGUAGUGAAGAGCGUAAUACUCCUACUAUAGAAUAUAAAGAGGAUAAAAAGUUUGAAGUAACAUUCAAUGGUAAUGAAAAAGUGUGGACAUCAUCAGAAGACUUGAAUGGAUCAGAAUAUUAUGAAGCUGAUGAGAACGCUUAUAAUAAUAUUUUAGUGCCAAAAUCUAAAGAAAGUAAUAAAAAGGACAAAACCAAAAUAAAACCUAAAAUUUCUUCUGUAUUAAAAAGUUUUGGUCAAACUGUAAAGCCUCAUAAAGAUGAUGUUGAAAAACACAAACCCAAGAAAAGUAUUCAAUCAAGUUGUGUGAUAAGUGGAGUCAAAAAAGAAAAAUUAAAUAAUGAGUCUAAGAAGCAUGUUGAAUCAAUUAAUAUUAAUUCAACAACAUUUGAUGAGAUUGAGAAACCUUCGGUUAAAAUAUCUUCAAAUGUAUCCCAAUCACAACAAACUGCAGCAGCACCAGCUAGUAAAAAUCAGGGUUCACGUAGUACUGUUACAUUUACAGCACUGCCAUUUAAAGCAAGGUAUCAACGAGUGACUAAAAAACGACCACGUAGCUCUGCCAUUAAUACAAUGAUAACAAAACAUUUUAACUAUUUAAAAGCUCAGUUUGUUCAAUAUGCUCCUUUGAUGGUUUUUUGGUUUGUUCAUCUUUUAUGGGAUGUUAUCACCAUGAGUAUACAUUUAUUUUUACAUUUAUCAGCAUCGGGUAUGACUCAACUGGUUGAUUUUGCGAAGAAGUGUUGGAUUCAUUUUUGGAUUGGAUUGAGUUCUCCAUUUACUGGUGCUUCACAUUGGGCUAAAGUCAGAUGGAAAGAUUCAAACUCUGGUAACACUCUUCAAACAAAUAUUCCUCUACCAACUACUGGUGAAGAAGCUCUUAAAAGGUUACUAGCUUGUAAAGGAAAAGAUCCAUACAGUAUUUUGGGUUUGACUGUUGAUUCAUCAGAUGAUGAUAUCAAAAAGUAUUAUAAGAAGCAAGCUGUUCUAGUUCAUCCUGACAAAAAUAACCAGUCCGGAGCUGAGGAAGCUUUUAAAAUAUUAAUUCACGCUUUCAAUAUGAUUGGUGAUCCAGAAAAUCGUAAACUCUAUGAUAGUGGUAUUGAGCACAUAAAAGAAAACUAUGAUGAACUUAACAAAUUGUUGAAAAAUCUUCAUGAAAAAAUGGCACAAGUUGCGAAUACAAUCAGGUGUACUAGUUGUGGUAAACGGCACAAAAGAAAACUGGUAUCAGGUCGUCCAAUGUAUGCGGCACGUUUCUGUUCACUGUGCAAUGUACAUCAUUCUGCUCGUGAUGGUGACAUUUGGUCAGAGAGUAGUUUGUUUGGUUUACGCUGGAAGUACUUUGGAUGUAUGGAUGGCGGUGUGUACGACAUUACAGAAUGGGCCACUUGUCAACAUGGUAGUCUGAAGCACAUGCGGGCUAAUACUCAUUCUGUACAGUACAGAAUAAUAUUUGGAGGCAAACAACAAACUCCUGAGCCCACGGUUUCUCCAUCACCACCACCACAACCAAGAACACAAGCACCUCCUCCUUCAACACCAUUAUUCGAUUUUCAUCAACCACACUUAGACGAAUUUUUAAGUUCAUUUUAUCAACAUCCAAUGCCGGGAUCUGCAACCAAUGGUGAAUAUAAAGCUUCAACUGACAUUCCUCGGCAACGCACUAAAAACAAAAGAAAAAAAUAG